AACCUUGGCUCCAAAGAGGACUCCUUCUCAAGUAGAAAAUACACCAUUGGGGCACAGGUUAGUCAUUUUUAACAGCGUCUUUCAUUUCAAUAGAAUAAAUGGUUUUAGCAUAUAUUAAAUUUUAAUCUUUGUAGGUGGCUGCGACGUGGAAACCAACAUAUCGGCAAUGAUGAUGUGAGAGUUUUUCGUCGCAAGUUGGAUAUUAUGAAACGUCAUGAGUUUGUGUGGGAGCCGUACCCAUCAACCGUUAUAUCACUGUUGCCUCCCGUUUGUUUAGUCGGAAGUCUCGCGUGGUACGCGGUGGUGCCACUAAUUUGUUUCCAAGUUAUUGAGUGGCACCAACCGGACAGAGUAUUGAGACAAUUUGGGAUGCAACAACCAAUUCCAGAGUCUCCUUCACAACCCUUAAACAUUCAUGGCAUAACAUUAAAAGGGAAACAUGACGAAAAUUGGGGCCAAUUGUUCGCCCCAAUGAUUGAUCAGUGGAAUAAUCGCCAUGCAUUUAGGGUCGACGCUUAUCCCCGACAAGAAGGCCUAUUGAGCUUUAACUCGGACUACAUGGUGUGGUAUAGGUGAAAGACAAAGAUGUUUGUUGACCCACAAAAUGCAAAGA